CUUUACUUUCACGAACAAGGCUCGAAUACCUACCACCAAGGCCAUAGAAGAAGCGCGCUUGAAGACGUUUGGGGAGGACUGGUGGCCUUACGACGAUGACCCAAACCACGGAGCCAGCUCGAGAAAGGUUCGUCCAGCAUCGCGCUGUUUAUGUAUCCUUCCAUCUACCUGUCUUUGCUCACUCGUGCUCGUACAAGAUGGCUCGAGCAGGGUUCGUUUACACCCCUCAAGGUGCAGGUGACGAUACGGUUACAUGCUUAUACUGCAAUACUGCCCUGGGGGGGUGGGACAAGGACGACGACCCCAUGUACGUAUCAUCUACCGUCAGGAUUGUUUCUAUCUGUUAUUAGCAUGGACACACAAUGUAUCUCACGCAUACUAUACGUUGCAGUCACGAACACCGAAAACGUGCAACCAAGUUGGAAUGCGGUUGUCCGUUUUUCUCGUUCGCGCAGCCAACUGCACCCGCUAAACUGGCGCGGUCGGGGUCGAUAAAGGCUGGGAAGAAAAGUACGGCGGCUCUUCCAAAACAUACAAGAACGCAUUCACGGACGCGGUCGCGCAAGGAAGAUAAAGCGACGAAGGUAGAAAAAGAGGAUGAGGAAACUGAACAGGAGGUAACAACAGAAAAGGGACGGAGAGUAAACCCGCAGGUCGACGAGGAACCGAAACCGUCGCCACCCGUUCCUCCAGAUGCCGCUAUUGCUAUGGAGGCGGAAGACGAUGACCCUAGGCCCCCACUUCCGUCACCCGAACCAGAACUCGAAUCCGCGCCAGCACCAACAUCAGCACCCACCGUGUCAGCAACAUCACCAGCACUGCCAGCGGCAAGAGUACCAAUACCAGAUGCAAAAAUACCGGUGCCGAUGAUGGUGGAAGAUAGCGUAUUUUAUACAGCGCCGACACCGGUGCUACCUCCUUCGGAAGCACUCACAGAAGAGGAGCGAGAGUUGUCGGUGGAGCAGUGGAUACGACGGGAAAUCUCACUAAGUUAUGAGAAGCUCAUGGCCGACGGACAGAACCAGAUCAUGCUGUUCAAGGAGAGAGCGGCUGAGGUUCGAACACUUAUUGAGGACCUUUAACAGUACUCGGUGGUUGGACGAUGUGGGAGAUACUGUUGGUAGGUACUAUGCUCUACGGAAGGUGGGGAUCACCCCAGUGUAGUCGUUCUA